AUGGCCUUUUCUUCUGAGAUAUCCACAUCGCUAAAGCACAAUGCACUAAAGCUCCUGACAGAGCUGAAGUCGAGAACUCUUGUAAUGAGGAUAAGGCUCCAUGAGAUAAUCAUGGAGAUGCAAGAACUAGGAAUCACCAGAAAUGAAAGAGAAAUCUUUUACAUGGCUGUGAAUAUAUUCAAAAGUCAGACUGCUGUCAAAAGGUUGAUAUCUACCAUCGCCUCAGAGCUUCGAGUUUCAAAAAGCGAUCUUAGAAUAAGAAAUACUCUCAAAGGAACCUUUAUCGGAAAGCUAGCUUUUGUUAAGGGCCCAGACAUAAUAGAGAUGUCCUCAUGUAGGAACAACCCACAGCUUAUUCCAGACAUGGAGGGCAUAGUUGAGGUGUUCUGCAGUUACGAGAGGGUUUUGGUUGUUGAAAAAGAUACAAUAUUACAAAGAAUAGCAUCUGGAAUUGAAAGGGAAAGAUAUCUUGAAGGUGUGCUACUUGUGUGUGGGAGAGGAUAUCCAUGCAAGAACACUAUGCUAUUGUUGAAGAUGAUAGAACACAAGACAGCCAUUGGAGGACUCUUUGACUUUGAUCCCUUUGGUAUUCACAUCUUUUGUGUCUAUAAGUAUGGGAGUAGAGAGGCUCCAGAGACAAGAGUUGAAACUAUUGUGCGGAUUGGCGUCUGUGCAGAAGACAUCCUAGACAAGAGGAUCCAUCAGGACGGCCUUGCAGGCCUGAAUAAAUACGACCUGAAGAUGGUUGACAGACUUAUGGAGUUCGAAUGUUUUACCAAUGACCCGUUGCUUCUUAAGAAGACAGGCAAGAAGGUUGAAAUGGAGGCUUUCCUUAGCAAAGGCCGACGGGAGAUGAACCAUUUCCUUACAAAAGCACUAAAAAGAAUAUAA